AUGCCCUCUCCCAUUCCCCAGCCAAAGGGUCUCCCUAUUCUUGGGAACUUGUUUGAUCUGGAUGGCAACAAUCCAUGGGGCUCGUUUAAUAAGUUGGCUGCUCAGUAUCGCCCCAUCUUCAAAAUCAGCAUUCUCGGCCAUGAAAUCGUCUUCGUGACCGGCGCCGCCCUUCUGGAGGAAAUCUGCGAUGAAACGCGGUUCCGGAAAUGCGUCGCGGGUCCGAUUGUUGAGAUCCGGGCUGCCGUGCACGACAGUCUCUUUACAGCGUACCACAGCGAGAUGGAGGCCUGGGGGGUUGCGCACCGCAUCAUGAGUCCCAUGGUCUCGGCGGAAGCCAUCGAGCAGAUCUUCGGCGAUCUCCUCGAGAGCACGGACGACCUGAUUGCGAAAUGGACCGCGACGCCCCGGCAGCGCGUCGACAUCGUCAACGACCUCGAUCGGAACAACCACAUCGCCAACAUGAGUGCGUUCUUCCACCAGCGGCUCCGCUGCCAGGAGGGACCCGAGCCGGCCAUCAUCGCAGCCAUGCAGGACGCAACCACCGAGUCCAUGCGGCGCACCAGCCGGCCCAAGUUCCUGACCUGGCUCUUCUACCAGCGGAAAUGGGACGCGGACAUCCGGAUCAUGCGCGACUACUGCGCGGAUAUCGUCGCCACACGGCGCGCCGCCGCUAGCGAGGAGGAGGAGGAGGAGCAGCAGCAACCGCCGCCCAAGGACAUCCUCCAUGCGCUCCUGCACGGCACGGACCCGCAAACAGGCAAGUCCCUCACGGAAAGCCAGGUGCUCGACGAAAUCAUCAACCUCUUCAUCGGCAGCGCGACGGCGCCGAACCUCGUGGCCUUCGCCCUUUACUACCUGCUGAAGAACCCGCAGGAAAUCGAACACGCGCGCCAGGAGAUCGACGCGGUUGUUGGUGGAGCCGGCGGACCCCUCACGCACGCCCACCUGGCGGCGCAGCUCCCCUACUGCGAGGCAAUCCUCCGCGAGACCCUGCGUCUCUCGGCCCCGGCGCCCGGGUUCAACAUCGAACCCAUCCCGUCGCCAUCAGGGACCCAAGAGCUGCCGCCGCCGCCGGUCCUCCUCGCCGGCGGCGAAUAUCAAGUCCCGCGCACGCAGCCGCUGAUUGCGCUCUUGACGGCGGUGAACCGCGACCCGGCGGUGUUUGACGAUCCCGAGGCCUUCCGGCCCGCGCGCAUGGUCGGGGAGAAGUACGCCCAGCUGCCGGCCGGGGUGAAGAAGGGGUUCGGGAACGGGACGCGGGCGUGUUUCGGCACGCGGUAUGCGUGGACAUGGUCGCUGUUGUGUCUGGUGCGGGUGCUGCAGGAGGUGGAUUUGGAGCUGGCCGAUGCGAGCUAUGAGGUUACGACCGAGGGCCGGAAUUAUAACGGGGCGUUUAGUACGCGGCCGGUUGGGUUUUUUGCUGUUGCUUCUGCACGGAAGUAG